AUGGUGACAGACGGUAGAGUGGUGUACAAUAUGGUGAUAGACGGUAGGGUGGUGUACAAAAUGGUGACAGAAGGUAGAGUGGUGUACAAUAUGGUGACAGACGGUAGAGUAGUGUACAGUUUUGAGAUAUAUGUUAGAGUGGUUUACAGUUUGGUGACAAGCAGUAGAGUGGUGUACAAUAUGGUGACAGACGGUAGAGUGGUGUACAAUAUGGUGACAGACGGUAGAGUGGUGUACAAUAUGGUGAUAGACGGUAGAGUGGUGUACAAUAUGGUGACAGACGGUAGAGUGGUGUACAAUAUGGUGACAGACGGUAGAGUGGUGUACAAUAUGGUGAUAGACGGUAGAGUGGUGUACAAUAUGGUGACAGACGGUAGAGUGGUGUACAAUAUGGUGAUAGACGGUAGAGUGGUGUACAAUAUGGUGACAGACGGUAGAGUGGUGUACAGUUUGGUGAUUGAUGUUAGAGUGGUGUACAAUAUAGUGACAGACUGUAGAGUGGUGUACAAUAUGAUGACAGACGGUAGAGUGGUGUACAAUAUGGUGAUAGACGGUAGAGUGGUGUACAAUAUGGUGAUAGACGGUAGAGUGGUGUACAAUAUGGUGAUAGACGGUAGAGUGGUGUACAAUAUGGUGACAGGCAGUAGAGUGGUGUACAAUAUGGUGACAGACGGUAGAGUGGUGUACAAUAUGGUGACAGGCAGUAGAGUGGUGUACAAUAUGGUGACAGACGGUAGAGUGGUGUACAAUAUGAUGACAGACGUUAGAGUGGUGUACAAUAUGGUGAUAGACGGUAGAGUGGUGUACAAUAUGGUGACAGACGGUAGAGUGGUGUACAAUAUGGUGACAGGCGGUAGAGCGGUGUACAAUAUGGUGACAGACGGUAGAGUGGUGUACAAUAUGAUGACAGACGGUAUAGUGGUGUACAAUAUGGUGAUAGACGGUAGAGUGGUAUACAAUAUGGUGACAGGCGGUAGAGCGGUGUACAAUAUGUUAAGACGGUAG